AUGGUUACCAAACGUGAAAUUCGCAUUCUUUUCCAUUAUGAGUACAAAAGAAUGGCAAAUGCUUUAAGAACUACUGAAAAUAUUAAUAAUAUUUUUGGAAAGAACCUUGGAAAUGAGAAUCUUGAAAAUGAAAACCGUGGAAGACCAAGUUUGGUCAUUGAUAACAAGGAACUAAAAAGCGCUAUUGAAUCCGAUUCAAGACAGACCGUUAGAGAACUAUCAGAAGUCUUUGGAGUUUCAAAAUCUAGCAUUUCCAACCACUUGGAGAAAAUUGGGAAGACAAAGAAACUAUAUCAAUGGGUACCUCACGAGUUGACAGAAGACCAAAAAAAUCGUUGUUUUGAGGUUGCUUCUUCACUCAUUUUGAAAAACAAAAAUGACCCAUUUUUGGAGCGCAUUGUAACGUGCGAUGGAAAAUGGAUUCUAUAUGAUAAUAGAAAACGCACUGGACAAUGGUUGGACAAAAAAGAAGCCCAAAACAGUUCCCAAAGCCCCAAAUUACCCCGAAAAAGGUCAUGGUUACUGUUUGGUAGACUUAUGAGAGAUUUCUUCACUACGAGUUUAUGA